AUGGAACGUAGGCAACUAGAGAACAAACCCCCACAACAGACACGGGAAGACGAACCCGCACCGGAGGAAGCACCGGAGACGUCCGGGGAGAGAGUGGGGGAGGAGCCGGACCUGGAAAACAAAGUGGCACGGGAUAACAGCAUCGGGUGGGGAUUCGAUUUGAAUUUGAUAGGUGACACGUUGGCUGGAUUCGGAGACCAAGUGAGCAAGACUUGGCAGGAUCUGGGACGCAAGAUGCUGGAACCCGGGCUCGUUGCGUUUGGUCUCGAGCACCCGGCAGAAGUCUCGGAGGCGCUCAACUCGCAAGAAGACCCACUCCAGACCGACUUGCUCUCAGUGGAAGACCAAGAAGCCAUCGAGGCAUCGACCCUGAAGCAACUGAGCAUCGAAUCGACCGAAGACGGAGACGAGAAUGCAACGGGAGGAAAUGUGCCGGAUGAGACUGAAUCGCAGGCAAAGGCGAGAAAGAAGUUUGUGGCUCACGGAAUUUUGUCUCAAACCGACCUUGAAGGUGGACGUGCUGAUGCGGGUAAAGGGUUGGAGGGAACAGAAGUCGGCCCACCAGAGUCGUCCGACUCGACGUUGGCGGACACAGUUGCAAAGCCUUCUCGUCCAGAAAUGUUUCCCUUCGGGGCUAACCGUCAGCAAGUCGUCACGCAAGCUAGGAUGGAUGCUAAGGCACCUGUAGCCAGAGCUAGCAAGUCCUCCGAAGUAGCGGAGGCUACAGGGACGAAGGCUACAGGGGCGAAGGCUACAGGGGCGAAGGCUACAGGGGCGAAGGCUACAGGGGCGAAGGCUAACGAGGCUAUAGAUGCUGACGCCCCAAAAGCCAAGUCCUCUGUGGCCGAGUUGUACGAUAACCGUGAUCCAAAAUUCGGCGGACCUCUCUACCAGAAAAUGCUGGAAAUUGAAAAGGAAGUGGCGGUUCAGCUCGAGGCAUUACUGGACAAAAGCCCUUCGCCGCUUGAUAGACAUCCCGCGAGGUCUAGAAGCUCGUCUCCGAGCCCGCCGAUUGAUAGGAAUUAG